GGGCCCGGGGAUCGCCGGAGCCGCGCCCGGGUCGCCGGCCCACGGUGCCGCGCGCGCGACACCGCCCCGGGGCGCCGAGCUCCGCGGACUGGGAGCGGCUGAGAGGCGUCCGCACAGGUGAGGGCGGCGGCCGGCGCUGCGCCCACAGGUCUAGGGAGUGAGAGCAUGGAGGCCUCUCCGGGGAAUGAGUUUGAACCCACUCUAGAGGAGAGGGAUGGCUCAGAGUUCAAGGAAGAGGACCAGUUAGCCGCCGGCCACGAGAUAGAAAGUGCUUCCCUCAAGCCUGAGGACCUGCAGAGCUGGGGGGAGGAGUUGUGGCUCCACAGAGAAGGCCUUGCAAAGCGCCAGCCCGGAGACCCGGGCCCCCAGGUCCUGGGAGAGCCGCGCUGGGGGCAGGGCAGUAAUGACCGAGCUGCGGUGUGCGGCGAGUGCGGCAAGAGCUUCCGGCAGAUGUCCGACCUGGUGAAGCACCAGCGCACGCACACGGGCGAGAAGCCCUACAAGUGCGGCGUGUGUGGCAAGGGCUUCGGGGACAGCUCCGCCCGCAUCAAGCACCAGCGGACUCACACUGGCGAGAAGGCCUAUCGGGUCCGGCCGGCAGCCCCGGGGCCUCCCAGGAUGCCUCGAUCCCGGGUUCCUGCCGGCGAGCGCCCCACUAUCUGCGGGGAGUGCGGCAAGAGCUUCCGCCAGAGCUCCGACCUGGUGAAGCACCAGCGCACGCACACGGGCGAGAAGCCCUACAAGUGCGGCGUCUGUGGCAAGGGCUUCGGGGACAGCUCCGCCCGCAUCAAGCACCAGCGGACACACAGGGGGGAGCAGGUCCCCCGGCCCGCGGUUCCCCGCCGGCAGCCAGCUCCGGCAGCUCCAGCAGCUCCCAGCAGGCCCAAGGCCCAGGACAAGCCGUACGUGUGCCCCGACUGCGGCAAAAGGUUCGUGCUGAGCUGCAGCCUGCUGAGCCACCAGCGCAGUCACCUGGGACCCAAACCCUUCGCCUGUGACGUGUGUGGCAAGGAGUUUGCCCGGGGCUCGGACCUGGUGAAGCACCUGCGGGUGCACACGGGGGAGAAGCCAUACCUGUGCCCCGAGUGCGGCAAGGGCUUCGCCGACAGCUCCGCCCGGGUGAAGCAUCUCCGCACCCACAGCGGCCAGAGGCCUCACGCCUGCCCGGAGUGCAACCGGACCUUCAGCCUCAGCUCCACCCUUCUUCGUCACCGCCUUACCCACGUGGAGGAGCCUCAGGACUUGAGUUGCUCAGGCUAUCCCGUGGUCCUCCUCAUCCCCAACCCACCACCACCCCCUGAUGGCACCAGCCCCUCAGUGACGCCUCGAAGCCCUUCACAUUCCAGCGAUGGGCCCUUCGGCCUGCCUGGCUUGGAGGCAGAGCCUGGGGGUCCCCAGGCGGGGGAGCCACCCCCGCCGCUGGCCUGCGACAAACCCCACAAGUGUCCCGAGUGUGGCAAAGGCUUCCGACGGAGCUCCGAUCUGGUGAAACACCACCGAGUGCACACAGGGGAGAAACCCUACCUCUGCCCCGAGUGCGGCAAGGGCUUCGCUGACAGUUCCGCCCGGGUCAAGCACCUCCGAACCCACCAGGGCGAGCGCACCAGGCCGCCGCCGCCGUCUACUCUCCUGCGGCCACAUAACCCUCCUGGCCCUGUACCCGUGGUCCCUCAGGCUCGGGUGCGGGGACAGCCCUCUGGACCCAGCCAGCUUCACGUGUGUGGCUUCUGUGGGAAAGAGUUCCCCCGGAGCUCGGAUCUGGUCAAACACAGGCGUACACACACCGGGGAGAAGCCAUACAAAUGUGCCGAGUGUGGCAAGGGCUUUGCAGACAGCUCUGCUCGGAUCAAGCACCAGCGUGGGCAUCUGGUCUUACGGCCCUUUGGGGUAGCGGAUGACCAGCCAAGGCCCCUCCAGGAGGAGUCGCCAGCGGGAAUAGAGUGAUGGGGAGUCUAGGGAGGGUGGAGGCCCAGGGUGUCAGAGAGGAGCCUGGGAAACGGUGGGAGGGACGAGAAUAGAUAGAAACAGAGAUUAAAGACCAUAACCUUCAUGCUCAGGAAACUAUCUUGUGUAGGUGCUGGGACCUUGCCAGUAUGAGCUGCUAGAACACUGCCUAGCACAGAGCAGGCACUCAAUAGUUUAAAAUUGACAAGCUGGACUCACUAAAACCCUGCUGCCUUUUCUUAACUCAUCCCUCAGCUGUGCACAGUUGUGUACAGCCCUUAAUUCCGGCACUCAGGAGACAAAGGCAGGCAAUUCUCUUGAAUUCAUGGCCAGGCUGAUCAACAUAGAGAUUUCUAGGUCAGCAAGGACUACAUGUUGUAACAAAAAACAAACAAAAAAACCUUGAUCCUGCCAACUUUAGGCUGGGAGAACAGAUAAUUUGAAUUUGAGGUGUUAAAACAAGGCAGGGGCAUCUUGACCACCCUGAAGGGGAAGUAUUGCCAUGGUAGAGGUGGGAAGCCACCUUGACCUGUGGAUCACUGGACAUGGUUUGAAUCUGCGCUGUUGAGGGCCCUUCCCACCCUGACACUGGGGCACUGAUGAAAUAGAGCAGAACUAGCGGGGGCAUUCAGAGCUUCCAGUCUGGAUACAAAGCCUAGGUCAUCGUGGACAUCUGCAAAGACCAGCUUGCCGAGCAAGGGCAGGGCCAGUGCAGGCCAGAGAAGCUUCAAGUCUCCACAGCUAAGUGUCUGUCUCCUUACUAAUAAAUUGUCCCUUGUCUGA